AUGACACCAGAAGACUUUCAACAUCUGGUAGGCACGAAAGGUGGACUCCUCUCAUUCAACAGCUUUUUGUCCACUAGUAAAGAUAGAAAAGUAUCUAUGCAAUUUGUUCAAGAUGCAUUGCACAAUAACACAGCCACUAUAGGAAUCCUUUUUAUUAUGACUAUCGAUCAAAAAACAAUAUCAGCUUCGAAUACGCCAUUUGCAAUGAUUGAGGAUGAAUCUGCUGUUAAAGGAGAACAAGAAAUUCUCUUUACAAUGCAUACCAUUUUUCGUGUCGUUGAAAUUAAACAGACAGCUAAGAAUAGUCGUCUUUGGGAUGUACAAUUGACUAUUACUGGUGAUAAUGAUCCACAGCUUUCUGCUCUUACCAAUCACAUCAAAGAGGAAGUUCAAGGCUCUACUGGAUGGCGUAGAAUGGGUAAAUUGAUGCUCCAAGUGGGCCAUUUUGAUGAAGCUGAAGAACUACAAUGA